AAAGCAUCGGACACAGUAUCUCUCGACCAAACGUUAUACAACAUUAGUCUGCUCGCUAGCUCACUAAUAUUACUACUCUGAUAAUGCAUUUCCGAACUGUGUUUUUUGUUACCGUGUUGUUACUGGUGACUGUCGAUGCUGUCCCACUGGAAAGAGCACCCAUGGAAUUAAUAAAUUUCAUCACCAUGGAGGAGCCUUGUGUGAGACAGGGGGGGCUGUGCCGUAGAAUCGAGGACUGUGACCAGGACAAUUUGGUACACAUGAGGGGAGUGCUGUGUCCGAAACAAAGGCACCUCGGCGUUGAGUGUUGCUACAAUUAACCGGUGUGUUCGUUGAAGACACAGUUCCGCCUUUACACUUACUCUCUAAAACUUAAUUUAGUUCAUAAGACGCGAAUAAGUACCAUUGAUUUGCUUUAUUUAUUUGUAAAAAAUCUUUCACAUGGAACAAAAAUGUUA